AUGGGACGAGGACCCCUCGGGAGAGAAACUCAACCUACAAGAAUGAGUGAUUCAUCCGAUGGGGAAGACUCCUCCGGGGGGAAAACCCACAAAGAUGAUGAAUGCAGGAAGGAAAAGAGGAGGAGAAAAAGGGAGAAGAGGAGCACAAGCAGAGGAAGGCACGCCAGGAGGAAAGUAUACUCCUCAUCUUCUGCUUCAUCUGAUGAUUCAUCCGUCACCCGAUCGGUGAGGUCCCGCACCGAGUCUGCCCAUUCCAGCGAAUCCCCCGAUUCCGUGUCGUCUUCUCCGCCAAGAGAACGACGGAGGGGGAAGAGGCGGAGGAGGCACAGCUGCAGGGACAGUAGCAGAAGUAGCCAAAGCAGAGACAAUAGCGACAGUAGCAGAAGUGGCAGAAGUGGCAGAAGUAGGCGUAGUAGUAGAUGGGAAGAGCGGGGGCGGGAGAAGGCCAAGCGAAGGAAGGCGCGCCGCAAAGAGAAAAGUGGAAAGUCGAGCCGACGCAGGAAGAGCAAACAUGAGAAAACAGUUUUAUCCUCCCCACCAAGUAAGAACACCCUCACUGUUAAGGAACUGAAGAAGGAGAGGGAAAAUCUCAUGCAGAAACAUUUCAACUACACAGAUGAGUGCAACCCCUUCGGAGACAAUUCUCUGUCCACCCCAUUUGUGUGGAAGCUCAAAAAUAAAUAUGACCAGAUAAAGUACAACCACAAGGUGAAGGUAACCACAACGAGUUUGUUACAAAACUCCCUCUCAAAAAUAAGUGAAAUAGAAGAAGUUAAAAAAAGGAGACAAGAGAGAGACAACGAGAGAGCCAUGUUGGAAGACUAUCGCUUACAGUUAGAGAAACAAAGAAACCAGGUUAACAUACAAGAUUAUUUAAAGAAGGAACAACUCUUCUUCAUUGAUCAACAGAUAAAAUCUUCCGAUAGUAGAAUUGAACGCAACUUUCUACAACUCCCAGACAUAUUUAGACUGGCAGCGAUGGUUGUUAAUAGAGAGCAGGUGAAGAAGGUACGUCCAGCUCUCUACCGAAUUCCUUUUCAUGUCCUUCUGGAAGGUCAAACCGAGGGAGAGCUUGAAAAUUGCGCCAAACAAAUAAAGCUACUACUUCAACACGAUGAACUGAAUAAUGGUGGCAAAUUUAGACGUUACUGGAACUCCCUGCUCUUCUUCUGUGGGUACUUUCUUGAUCAGAUGCGCGAGAAGGAAGAACCCACCAAAGACGAAAAAGCAUUUGAUCAGAACAACCUGCAAUCAAAAACAGAUAAGCAAAUACACACCUUCCUCGAAAAUAAAAAUUACGAUGAGUUAGUAACAUAUGAAGAGAAGAUAAAAGAAAAAGUUGUAUCCCAAAGUGAGGACCACGCAGAUGAAGUUUAUUGGAACAGAGUUCUUGUGAAAAUCCCCUACUUUAAGGCGAAGAAUGUGCUACUCCAUUUUCAUGCCAAAUUACGGAAGAGGAUUAGCAUGAGUGGUGUCCACUCUGAAGAUAGUGAUAGCCACAGUGAAAAUCACAGUCAAAGCCAAGCUGAGAAGGUACCUCAUCUUGAACACCCCAUCGAAGAGGAUCAAGGCAGAGGAAAGGGAACAACCAUCGUUCCCUACGAAUGUCACAGCCCGAAGCUAAUCCAUCCAGAGAGCAUCACCCAAAUGGGCAUCCCGCCCGAAAUGCAUAUCUACACACCGGAAGAGGAGCUAGAAGAGAGACUCAAAAUAAACGAUGGCAUUUGGCAUACAAUAAGGAAGGGUGGCCAAGGAAAAUCAGACGAAAAUGGAGGGAAGAGUGGAGACAACAUAACACAGAGUGACUUCAACAUUUCUGCGGAGAAGGCUCUCCUCAUGAAGAUAUUCACGAAAGACCAAGAAGUAUAUAACCGCUUUGUGCAAAGAGAGAAGAAGAAAGGCCGAUCUGGCGAAAUCACAAUGAAGGAUGUAUCUCACCAUCACCAUGGCACAGCUAAGUCAUCCUUGUCCAACUCUUUAAGGAGCAGUUUGCCAAUGCCCCCAGAUACCCUCCUUGCAACCAGAAAGCCUCUGUACUUCAAUCGAAUAAAAACAUCCUUCGAUUGGAACAAGUACAAUAAAACGCAUUACGAUUAUGAGAACCCUCCCCCCAAGUAUAUAUGUGGAUAUAAGUUUAACAUUUUUUAUAUGAAUUUGCUGAAUAAGAAAGAGAAGCCUUCGUGGAAGUUGCACCCGAUGGAUGACGAGAGUAAAGUUCUCAUCGUCUUCCAUGGAGGAGCUCCAUACCUGGAUAUAGCGUUCCAGAUCGUUAACGCGGAAUGGUCUUACGACAAGCACAGGGGAUUCCGCAAUGUCUUCGACAAAGGAAUACUCCAACUGUAUUUCAAUUUUAAAAAAAAGAGGUACCGCCGCUGA